GGACGUUUUGCGUUCAAAUAGACUUAAGUUCGAAUCGCAUUCGAGCGAUCGAUGAUCGAUUAAUCGAUUUUGUGGGAUUUUUCGGAAAUGGGCCGGAACGAGGGGGUUUCGCGGCCUGCUUCGUUUUUUUCUGGGCCGGGUAAUUGUGCGGGAAUUGAAUGAAAUGGUGCCGAUUCAAUAGACACUCCUCUAAAGGUUUUUGUGAUUGUUGUAUAAGCGAGUUGAUUAUUUUAUUUUUUUUAUCUAUUCAAAGUGAUUUUUUUGGAUUUGAUAGUUUGCAGGUAAGAGUGUUUUAGAUAAAUUUUUUUCGUUAGUUUGUUGGGUAAUUUCGAUUUAAAGUUUGCACAAUUUCAGUGAAACGUUGCGUGAAAUAAAAUUUAAACAAAAACUUGUAUUUUUCGUGCUAAAUCGAAUGAAUUGGCACGAAUUUAAAACGAUAGAAUACCAAUAAGUGACAGUUUGAUCGAAUAUUUCAGAGAUAACGAGCAAUUAUAAGGAAAUUAUUAUCUGAUUUAAUCGUAUUUUGUCGAGAUUUCUUUUUGCGAAAUCGAUUGUCUCGCUCAAGUGGCUCGAUUUAAUUUUUUUGUAAACUAACACACAUUUACUCCACAAACAAUUCCUUGUAUUCAAUAACAUAAUAAAAUGGCAACAACGCAUAAAAAUCGCGAAAAUUACUCAAUCAAACUAGUUUAUUCCCCAAUUCUCAAGAAAUUCCUAAACAUUGCGACGUUGCUCGAUUUUCAGGAACCCAUUGUAGCUAAAAAUGAUGUCAAAAAAGCAAUGGUUCGUCCUUUUGUGCCUCUUCAUUUUAUAUCUAUUAUUAGGCGCUUCCAUUUUCUACUACAUAGAAUCUCAAGAAGAGAGAAUACAACACGCGAAGGAAUCCAGAGAGCGGCGAUACAUCGAAGAAUUAUUGAAAUCGAAUUACGAAGGGAACGAUGAAAACGUACACAGUUUAUUCGACAGAUUGAGCGAUUAUUGCGGCAAACCCGUCCAUUACAACAUGAGCUCAGAACCCAGCACGGGCAAAUGGAAUUACUACAAUUCCUUAUUUUUCGUCAUCACCGUCGUCAGUACGAUAGGUUACGGCAACCUGUCGCCUACUACGAUGUUCACCAGGAUAUUUAUGAUAUUCUACGGCUUAAUCGGGAUACCCAUGAACGGUAUCGUCAUGGUAACGUUGGGCGAUUAUUUCGGAAAAUCGUUCACCAAGCUGUACGAACGUUGGAAAACGCUGCGUUUGGAAAAACAUUCGGCCAAAUUGGGCCUAAUAGGUCAAAUAAUCCUCUACGCGGUACCCGGUUUGACUUUCUUCAUUUUUCUACCUGCCACAAUAAUCAGUUUCUUCGAAGGAUGGGAUUAUGACGUCGCAGUUUACUAUGCUUUCGUCACUCUAACCACCAUAGGUUUCGGAGAUUACGUAGCCGGUCCGGUGAACGUGCACGGUUUCGACGCGACCAUCUUCCUCUUCUACCACGUAUUCCUGCUGGUGUGGGUCAUAGGCGGCUUGGGCUACCUCCUCAUGAUCAUCGGCUUCAUCACGAAGGCCAUGCGCAGCCGCAAAAUCGUCCAAAUCGAGAAACUACUCGCGCACAAGGUCAAAACGACCCCGUUGCGCAUCCGCAACGAGAUCAGGAGCCUCCUGCACGAGUUCCUCUUCAUGCGCGUCAAGCCCGUCUACAAGGAGCCCUUCGACUACACGCCCAACCACCUGGACAGGACGCAGAGCUGUCCGGAUUUGGUCCUCUGGAAGAGCGAGUUUCGUCUGGACAGAGCCGUGAGGAAGCGCGCCAUGUCCGAAUGCUACAAGUACAACGUCCUGGAGCGCGUCCAGUCCGAGUCCCAUCUGGACAGGAUCGACAAGGAGCGCACCUUCAGACCGUCGGACGCUCUGAUGAAGCAGAAAGAUCUCCUGCUGAAGGUCGUGGACGCUCUGAGCCUGGCCUCGGAGUCCUCCAGAGAUGAGCCCGGUGGAUUCUUCGGGGAUUCUCAGGCGCCCCCGAGCCGACGAAGGGCUUUCAGCGACGUGAAUCCCCCUGGUAAAUACCCAGACACUCAAUCUGGGAACACUUGGUACGGCAACGACGCUCUAACGGCUCUAAACGCGUUCAAACAGCGGCGGGAACGAGCCAUGUCGACGGCGGAUAGAGCCGAUAAGACGUCGGUGUUGCAGAAAUUCCAGCGCAACGUUGCCAGUAGGCUGUGGAGGAGCGAUAGAGACGCGGAUGUAGAGAAGCAGGCUUUGGAGCAAAGCGAAUUGGAGCAGGGUAGGUUAGAGGCGGAGAGUACGCCGGACGGGAGCGUGCUAGAGCAGACGAGCAUAGCCGAUUUCAUACGAGCUUUGAGCGCUCUAACGACUGAGGAAGAAGUCGAAGAAAGCGCGCCGAGGAAGAUGUCUGUAGCGCAGGCGCAGCAGGCGAGGAAGUUGUCGUAUUUGCCGAAUUUGAGCAACAGGAGGAGCUCUUUGUUGCCGCCCGGGGUGUCUAACAAGAAGCCGAGGAGGUUCUCGAUGACGCCCGUGAUAGAGAACGCGUUGAGUCCGAGCGCGUCGCCGCCGUCUUAUUUCGAAAUAAGCGCCGGUAAUUUGCCGACGGAGGCUUCUUCUUUUUCUUCUACUGCUUCAUCGAGUGCGCUUAGGAAGUUUUCGGUUAGGCCCGUGCCGGUGCAAUUGCAGAAGAGGAGAAGGACGCUGUCGGGUAGCAAAGAUAAAGAUAAGUGUUAAUUAGGCUGAAUAGAGUAGGUAGUUGA